AUGAGUGAGGAACAAAUGACCCCACAACAACAUCCCGAAGCUUCUGAAGAAUCCGUCUCUUCCGCCACCAUAAAUGUAGAUGAAAAUGAAGGGGGUUUCAUAGAUCCUACCAUAAAGGCCCAAGUGCAAAUAGAACAAACUAAAAUUUCCUAUUUCCAAUUAUACACUUUUGCAACCAAGAAAGAUUGGGUAAUAAUGAUCAUAGGCCUGGUGUUUGCGGGUGCUGCAGGUGCUGCCAUGCCGCUGAUGACAAUCGUUUUUGGACAAAUGAUCGAUUACUUCACCGAAUUCCAGAAACAUGUGAUCUCACCCGAUCUUUUCACCUCAAAAAUCAAUUACUAUUCCCUGUUCUUCGUCUACCUCGCUAUCGUCACAUUCUUCUCCACCUACUUUUCCAUGGCCGCCUGGGUGUACACUGGUGAAAGGUUGUUAAUUAUUCCAUGCGUCGUCGAUUUCUUUGCGUCAUUACGUCUAACCAACCUUUCCACGCGAUUUGUCUUAAUUAGGAUUACACGGCAAAUUCGUGAGCGAUACCUUCGCGCGAUUCUCCGUCAGAAUAUCGCUUACUUUGAUAAGCUCGGCGCCGGGGAAGUAGCCACUCGCAUCACCUCCGACACACACUUAAUUCAAGAUGGCAUCAGCGAAAAAUUUGCUCUCGCCUUUCAAUACAUCUCCCAAUUCUUUUCCGCCUUUAUAAUCGCCUUCACCAAAAGUUGGAAGAUGACCUUGGUAAUUUGUUGUGUCAUCCCAUUGAUAGGCUUCACCAGCGGAGUAAUGAACAAAUUCACCGCCAUUUUCAUGAAACGCAGUUUAGAUCUAUACUCCAUUGCCGGCACUAUUGCCGAAGAAGCUAUUGCUUCCGUUCGAACCGUGAUAGCAUUCGGUUCUCAGAGAAAGAUAUGCGAUCUCUAUGAGGUUCAUCUGAGAAAAUCCAAUAUCGAAGGAAGGAAGAGGGCCAUUGUGCAGAGCACCGCGUUGGGUACCAUCUUUCUGUUCAUUUAUUGUACCUACUCUUUGGCAUUCUGGUUUGGUUCCAAGUUGAUUAUUGAUGACGAAUUAACUCCCGGUGAAGUCGUCAACGUAUUUUUCGCCGUGCUGUUCGGUGCGUUCUCACUUGGAAACCUGGCCCCCGAUUUGCAAGCUUUUAGCUUCGCCACUGGUGCCGGAUCAAAGAUUUUCGAAACCAUCAAUCGCGUGCCAUCGAUCGAUAUCGCCUCCGAGGAUGGCGUGAAGCCGGAGGAUGUCGCCGGUCACAUUCAAUUAAAGGACAUUUCAUUCAUUUAUCCUGCUAGACCUGAGUUGAAAACCCUGAACGGUGUCUCCCUGGAUAUUGAACCUGGUACGACUGUUGCCCUGGUCGGUCCUUCGGGUUCCGGCAAGAGUACCAUUGUUUCUCUGCUCCUUCGAUUCUAUGAUCCUGUCGCUGGUCAAAUUCUACUUGACGGUCGCGACGUUAAAUCCCUCAACCUCCUAUGGCUCCGAAGACAGUUCAGUCUGGUGGGUCAAGAACCCGUCCUUUUCAACACCACGAUCGCCGAAAAUGUCGCUCACGGAUUGAUCGGUUCCCAAUACGAAAAUUUGUCGCAAGAUAAGAAGCGUGAGAUGAUCGAGCAAGCGUGCGUCAUGGCCAAUGCUCACGAUUUCAUUAUGAAGCUUCCGGAGAAAUACGAAACGAUGGUUGGCGAACGUGGUUUCCUGUUGUCAGGUGGUCAGAAACAACGUAUCGCCAUUGCUCGUGCUGUCAUCAAAGAUCCAAAGGUUCUGUUGCUCGAUGAGGCUACCAGUGCUCUCGACUCUCGGAGCGAGGGCAUCGUGCAAGACGCGUUAGAUAAAGCCUCCAGGAACAGGACAACCAUUGUCAUAGCCCAUAGAUUGUCCACCAUUCGUAACGCAACAAAGAUUGUCGUGAUGAAUCAAGGUGUCAUAGCGGAAAUCGGCACUCACGAUGAACUCAUGAAAAAGAAAGGCGCUUACUCGAAGCUCGUCGAAGCCCAGCGAAUUCAACUUGUCAAGGAGGCCGAGGAAAAUCCCGACGUACUGAAUUCUUCGAUCAUUCCUCCGGAAGAUAAUGAUGUUCUGUUGCCGUCUAGAGUUCAAGAGGAGGUGGUGGUACCCGAGGAAGACCAUUUGCUCGGUCGUGUCGUCACUAACAAGUCCGUCUCAUCGGCGAUCAUAGCCCGACGAUUGGCUGACAUCGAGGCGGGAACUAAACAUGAUUACGAAUAUACCACCCUUGAAUUAUUACGAAAAGUUUUAAAAAUCAAUCGACCAGAAAUUCCGGCAAUGUGUGCUGGCUUGAUUGCCGCAAUUAUUUGCGGUUGCGUGUAUCCAGUGUUUGCCGUCAUCUUUGCGCACAUCUUGCAAUCUUUCGCGGAACCCCCGGCUCAGUUGAAACAUGACGCUGCGUUCUGGUCCCUCAUGUUUAUUGUAAUUGCCGUGACCACUUUCGCCGGCAAUUUUGUGCAAGGCCUCUCCUUUGGAUUCUCCGGCGAGAAUCUCACGGAGCGAAUCCGAUCGAAAUCGUUUGCUUCCAUCUUACGACAGGAUGUUGCCUUCUUUGACGAAGAAAAGAAUAAUGUUGGCGCGUUGACAAGCUCCCUAUCGUUGGACGCCACUCAUGUGAACGGUUUGGCCGGGGCCACACUGGGUACCCUCUUGCAAGUGUUCACCACGGUUGUCGCCGGUCUGAUCGUCGGUCUUGUUGUCGGAUGGAAACUCACGUUGGUUUGCAUCGCCUGUAUUCCAGUGCUAAUCGGCUCCGGCGCCCUUCGUAUGAAGAUGUUGAACGGAUUCCAGCAGAAGACCAAGAAAGCUUACGAAGAAUCUGCUCAAGUUGCCUGCGAGGGAGCCGGUAAUAUUAGAACCGUGGCUGCACUCACGCGCGAAGAGGAUUUAUGGAAUAACUAUCACCACAAGCUCGAUGAACCAAUGAGACAAGGAUUCAACAACGCAUUCUUUGCCUCGAUCGCGUUCGCUUUCGCACAGUGCGCGAUCUUUUUAACAAACGCCUUGGCGUUCUGGUACGGCAGCCAUCUGUUCAUGAAUGGCGAAUACGACCUCCUUAAAAUGUUUAUCGUCUUCAUGGCAGUGAUCUUUGGUUCAAUGUCUGCCGGUCGUGUUUUCGCCUUCGCUCCCGACAUGGUUAAAGCCAGAUCUGCCGCCGCCUCCAUCAUCUCCCUGAUCGAACGAACACCAACAAUUGACGCAUGGUCACAAUCUGGAAAGCGCGUCGAAAAAGUGGAAGGACACAUUGAAUUUCACGAUGUUCAUUUUCGCUAUCCCACCCGCCCUCACGUGCCAGUCCUUCGGGGUCUGAGCCUUGAGAUCAAGCCCGGUCAAUUCGCCGCAUUGGUUGGCCCAUCGGGAUGCGGCAAGAGCACCACGAUCGGACUCACCGAAAGAUUCUACAAUGUCACCAGCGGGAAGGUUACCGUCGAUGGCGUAGACAUCUCGACCAUGAACGUCAACAAUCUCCGCGAACACAUCGCUCUAGUUAGUCAAGAACCUUCGUUGUACGACAUGACCAUCCGUGAAAAUAUUCUAUUCGGUUGCCGACCUGGACAAAACUCUACGCAAGAGGACAUUGAACGUGCAUGUCGUGAAGCCAACAUUCACGAUUUUAUAGUGGGACUCCCGAAAGGCUACGAUACUCCCGUUGGCGGGAAGGGGACUCAACUUUCAGGCGGUCAGAAACAAAGAAUCGCCAUCGCCCGCGCGUUAAUAAGAAAUCCCAAGAUCCUACUGUUGGACGAGGCCACCUCCGCGUUAGACUCGGAGUCGGAAAAGGUUGUCCAGGAGGCGCUGGACAAAGCCGCAAUGGGUCGAUCGACGCUUGCCAUUGCACAUCGACUAUCAUCAAUUCAGAACGCCGACAUAAUUUUCGUCAUAAAAGAUGGCGUGGUGGCGGAGAAGGGGACGCAUCACGAGUUAAUAGCACAGAAGGGGAUAUAUUACACCAUGGUGCACGAGCAAGACUUGGGAACUGACUCAAAAAAAUAA